GUCAGCCAGGGACGGGAUCCGGCAGUCUUCCACUCAAUUUCUUGAUCUAUCGGCCUACACUAUCCCUCCUGUAUGGUGGAUAUUAUAUUAAAUUCUUCUUUCUUGGGUGAUAUGGGGGAUCAUUCCAAAAGUAAGUAAACAUUUGUGUCACUUUUUUUUUUUUUACUUUGACCAAGACACAUUUAAGAUGUAUUUGAUCGUUAACAAUAUUGGCUAUUAUUGGAACAUUUCACGAUUUUUUUUGUGGCAAUGGUCAAUUUUGAUAACAAAAUGGUGAUGUGAAUACAUUUUAGGUCUAAGGUCAGUUAUACGCGUAUAUGGCUACGGCCCUUCAUUCUGGAAAUGACAAGGAUAACAAAACAGGACACGACACGGGUGCAUGCUGCAGAGUGGACACUGGACGAACAUAAGGGGAUUUAGCGAGUAUGUCUGGUGAUUACAUUGGUAUACGUGGUGGUAGCAUUAAUAUACUGUGCAUUCGACAGAGAAGUCUGGAAUCGCAAUGUGUGUGGGCUGUGGGAGUCAGAUCCACGACCAGUACAUUCUGCGGGUCGCCCCGGACCUGGAGUGGCAUGCUGCGUGUCUGAAGUGCUCGGAAUGCAGUCAGUACCUGGAUGAGACGUGCACUUGCUUCGUCCGAGAUGGCAAAACAUACUGCAAAAGAGAUUAUGUAAGGUAGGAGUUGACUAACUUUCCUCACUAACGUGAUUUCAGAGCUUUGGAAUUUCCAAAGGCCCCAAUUGUGGAAAAAAAUUGUAGCUAGGCCUACUGAAGUGGAAAUGUAUGAGAAAUUGUUCAAACUGCUUGUUGACACUAAACAUUAUCCAUAUGAUAGAUAAUAGCAUAGCCUAGUCAAAGUUUCUGGUUUAUUUGGUAAAUAUAAAAUAAAUAAGGUUGACAUGUGUCGUAGGCUAUUAGUCUCCUAUAUCCUAAAUUGCAUAUUUUUGUUAUGAUUUGAGCAUACUGUUUUAUGCUUGGAAAGAACGGUGUGAAUUCCCAAACUAUUUCGAUUAUUUUUUGUUGCUGAUGUCUAUCCUUGAAAUACAUUUGAGCCAAGAUGCUUGUAGCCAUUCCUGCUAUAGGCCCAUGCAUUAUAACGUAUUGAGACCAAUGUUCCUAUGUCCUUUUCAGAUUAUUUGGGAUUAAAUGUGCAAAAUGUAACAUUGGCUUCUGCAGCAGCGAUCUGGUGAUGAGAGCUCGUGACAACGUUUACCACAUGGAGUGUUUUAGGUGCUCGGUGUGCAGCAGGCAUCUCGUGCCGGGGGAUGAGUUCUCUCUGCGGGACGAGGAGCUGCUGUGUCGGUCUGAUCACGGUUUACUGAUGGAACGGGCCUCAGCGGGAAGCCCCAUUAGUCCGGGAAAUAUUCACUCCAGGUCUUUUCAUAUUGCAGGUCAGUGAACGAAUAAUGGUGGUAAUAAUAAUAGCGAGAGUAUAAUAUUAAUAACAACGUUAAUAAGAACGAAAGGAUAUAUCAUAAUAAUAAUUGUAAAAUAAUAAUACAAAUAAAUUCAAUAACAGUUAUUAUUAUUAUACUUGUCUGCAAAAUGUUCCUUUCACUGAGCAAGUGCGCAGACUUUUAAGCCUAUAGGUUUAUUACAUUACUUUCAUUGGUAGACUAAACAUAAAUUAAAGCAUAUUGGGUGUUGUUUGUAUCUAUUAAGUUGUUAAAGUUAUUAGACUAAAAUGUAUGUAAAUUCGUUUAUUUUGAAAACAAUAAGGUAACAUUUUGGCUGUGUAAAGGGGGUAUGCUGCAAUGGUCGAUAUAUUUUUGUUAAUUCACAUACUGAAAGUUUAGAGUUUGUAGGUGUGAAGUUAGAAAAAAGACCUCGAUCGAAAUAUAAUUCUACAACAGAAAAUAAAUGAAUGUUUUGUGGGACGCAUUUUAAAUUGUAUUUGUAAUUCACAAAAUGUUUUUGAGUUAGUAUUUGAAGGGAUAUAUUGUAUAGCCUGUUUAAUGAAAGUUGACCAAAGAAUGUUAUAAAUUAUCACUAAAUUAUAUGAUUAGACUACCACUAUUAUCAUCGUUAUUAUUUUUGGUUGAGGACCUCUUCACUGAGGAAUGUGGAUGUUUUUUAUGAUUGUUUUUUCCUUUUUUUGUGUGAGUUUCCUAUGCUCCUGCCUUGAUUGUGUAAUUGCUAGGGAGAAGUAGGGAGAAUAAGUGUAUCUAUCAUCAGUCAUGUUUGCUUUUCGUUGCAUUUCAAAAUUUGGCUCAGUCAGUGGAAAUUCAAUUUUCAAAGAUAUUUCCUUUUGAAUAUUUGUCCCACAGAUCCUGUGUCAGUUCGACAGCCUCCUCAUCGGAACCAUGUCCACAAGCAGUCAGAGAAAACCACUCGGGUGCGAACAGUAUUGAACGAGAAGCAGCUCCAUACCCUUCGGACCUGUUACAAUGCCAACCCAAGACCAGACGCACUUAUGAAAGAGCAAUUGGUAGAGAUGACCGGUCUUAGCCCAAGGGUCAUCAGAGUUUGGUUUCAGAACAAACGUUGUAAAGACAAGAAGAGAACUAUAUUCAUGAAGCAACUUCAACAACAGCAUCACAUCGAUAAAAUUGUAAGUUCAUUUAGACAUUCCAAUGCAACAGAAACAUUUUGGUCUACUAAAAAUAAAGGUGUAAUUUAAUUGGGCGUGCCAAAAAAUGUAAUGCAAAUACAUGGUUGGACAUAGCCUACGUGAGGAUUAUAUCUACAAACAUUCAACUUUAUAAUGAGCCGCUGAUUUGUAAUAAUGAACACAUCAGAACAUUAUCCAUAGUGGCCAACCAUCAUUGUAUAGUUUCAUCUAUGUAAGUUUCCUAUGCCGGGUUUCGACCAUAUGGAGACCCAUGUCUCUGUAGAUGUGCAUGAUUUCUAGAGAUGAUUUAAUAGCAAGCUUUGUAAAAUAUUGUAAUUAAGUGGAUGGGAUACGGAUUGUUUGAACCUUUCAAGAAAAAGUAAGUUAUUGUUAUUUAUUAUGAGAAAAUUUAGGAUAUCUUAAUAAACCCAUAUGAACUGUUUCAUGCACUUUGAAUGUUGAGAAAACCAGAUGGAUGGUGGUGAGAUGUUUGUUGUGAUACAUUUUCUCUGUAGAAUCUUCAGGGGCUGACGGGUACGCCUAUGGUGGCAGGCAGUCCAAUUCGACACGACAACACGGUCCAAGGGAACCCAGUAGAGGUGCAGACCUACCAGCCCCCCUGGAAGGCCCUGAGCGAGUUCGCCUUGCAGAGUGACCUGGACCAGCCCGCCUUCCAGCAGUUGGUAGGCACACACACACACACACACAAGAGCAUUUUGCAAUAAAUGUAUGUUUAAUAAAACACCAUCCACUCGAUCACUGAAUGACCAAUCUCAAUUCAGAUUAGAGCCUGCGGCUUUAUUCAAAGAGUUUCUAAAUUAAAUUAAUGCUUUUCAGCCUCAAAUUCGAACGCUGAUCGAUUUAUAUGAAUACAAAUAUUCAUGUUGGCCUAAUCUCUGCAUUGUACUUAAUCGAAUCAUAAGGGUCAAUAUUAAUAUGCAAUAAGCAAUUUUUUUGCAAAAUUGGGAGGAAAAAACGCAAAUUAAAAACACCCGUUUCCAUCGCAGGUGUCUUUUUCUGAAUCGGGCUCCAUGGGUAACUCCUCCGGCAGUGAUGUGACCUCCUUGUCGUCGCAGUUGCCGGACACCCCGAACAGCAUGGUACCAAGUCCGGUGGACACGUGAAACCAGCCCAACAGUGACGCUUCGAACCCCAGCAUGGUCCCGCGUGCCCUGCAUGAGAACUGGCCAGUUCACAGCUUUAAGAGGAAAAGGAUUUCAUCUUAUUUAAAGAUAAAUAACGCUGGAUUUGUCUAUGAGGAUGCACCAUUUGCUCACGGAUGGACCUGUCUGCAUUGUUCAGGAUCGGAUUAAUUUUAAAUGACCAGCCAGUGACAGCCAAGGGCUAUAACUAAAGCAGAGGCUGAGCCUCGGAUCUUACCUACAUGGUUGGACAUAGCCUACGUGAGGAUUAUAUCUACAAACAUUCAACUUUAUAAUGAGCCGCUGAUUUGUAAUAAUGAACAUAUCAGAACAUUAUCCAUAGUGGCCAACCAUCAUUGUAUAGUUUCAUCUAUGUAAGUUUCAUAUGCCGGGUUUCGACCAUAUGGAGACCCAUGUCUCUGUAGAUGUGCAUGAUUUCUAGAGAUGAUUUAAUAUCAAGCCUUGUAAAAUAUUGUAAUUAAGUGGAUGGGAUACGGAUUGUUUGAACCUUUCAAGAAAAAGUAAGUUAUUGUUAUUUAUUAUGAGAAAAUGUAGGAUAUCUUAAUAAACC